AUGGACUACGAAAGUGACGACUCAUUGUAUGAUCCGGAUUAUUAUCCAAGUGACGGUAAUGCGACGGCUAGUUCGGAGAGUGACAGUGCUAAUGAAAAUUGGAAUCCACCUUUAUUUUUUAGGCGAGCAUCGACCUUCACUGAGAGUGACCUGCCCCCUUUACCUGAAGUUCAGAGGAGGAUUUCUGCAAGAAGAAUGGGUAAUACAGACUUGGACGCUUAUAAUAUGCCAAGUAAAUCAUCUGCUACAAUUAGUAUAUUAAGUACAUCUGCAACUACUCUUACUACUGGUAAUAAUGAGCCAAGUCUCUCUGGUACAACAUCCGAGUGUCUAAAACAAAAUCUCGACUCAAUAGAGUGGCACAUGCCCACUCAAGAAGGUUCAACGCCGAUGGAAUAUACCGGGCCUAUUUCAGGCUUCAAAGAAAUAUACUCAGGCAUUCUUGCUAAUGCUUCGCCAAUAGACUAUUUCGAUUUGUUCAUAAUUAACGACAUUAUUCAGCAUAUUGUAGACCAAACGAAUUUAUACGCCACGCAGCAACUACUGUCAAAUGAUAUUCCUUCAGGUUCUAGGCAACAUGCCUGGGUUCCUGUUACCUUGGAUGAAAAAAUAAUAAAUGAAAAAAUUUCUCGCACUCAUUGGUUGGAUGGGAUUGGUGAAGCUGCCAUCGAUAAGACUACUGGCGCGUUCAUAAGCUCUACAAUAUUCCAUUAG